CGAACAGAGCCGGGUCCCUCCCAUGUGGUUGUUGCUGGCUGGGCACCGGGGCUGGCACCCGCAGCAUGUGCUCCCGUCCGGCAUUCCGGGACCCCCGAACGUCAGGAUGCAGGGAUGGGAUGCGGGAGGUGGUGGGUACCACUGAUGGCACUGGCUCCGGUGGCCCCACGGCAAAGAUCCGGGUCCAUCGGCCCCAUGCUCCCGGUGCCAGUCCCGGAUGUGGCACCGGGCCCAAGCAAACGGGGCAGCUCCUCAAACAAGCUCUGACCGGUGCUUGCCAAGCCCGCGGGGCUGAGCCGUGGUGAUGGAUGCUCAGAGCAGGAUCCGCGCCCGGAGCACCAUGGGGUGGGCACGGAGCAGGAAGCGAGCAGGGCCUGGCAUGGGCGAUAAAGCUCCAUAAUGGACACUGAGCCAUCGGUGGUCACCAUCACCCUGUGCCACCAAUGGGGCUGACGGGGGGGGGGUCCGGUCCCUGCAGAUUACCCCCCCCCCCGCCCUGCUGUCACCAUGGCAAACCGGGGACCAUCAUACGGGCUGAGCCGGGAGGUGCAGCAGAAGAUCGACCGCCAGUACGACCCCGAGCUGGAGCAGAUCCUGGUGCGGUGGAUCCUGGCACAGUGCGGCAGCGACGUGGCGCAGCCGGCACCGGGUAGGGACGGCUUCCAGCAGUGGCUCAAGGAUGGCACCGUGCUGUGCCGGCUCAUCAACAGCCUGCACCCGCGCGGGCAGGGCCCCGUGGCCAAGGUGCAGGCGUCGGCCAUGGCCUUCAAGCAGAUGGAACAGAUCUCGCAGUUCCUGCAAGCGGCCGAGCGCUACGGCAUCGCCGCCACCGACAUCUUCCAGACCGUGGACCUCUGGGAGGGGAAGAACAUGGCGUGCGUGCAGAGGACCCUGAUGAACCUGGGCAGCCUGGCCGUGGCCAAGGGCGAUGGGCUCUUCGUGGGAGACCCCAAUUGGUUCCCCAAGAAGUCGCAGGAGAACCGACGCGUCUUCUCCGAGGACAAGCUGAAGGAGGGGCAGAGCGUGAUCGGGCUGCAGAUGGGCACCAACCGCGGCGCCUCGCAGGCCGGCAUGACGGGCUAUGGCAUGCCCCGGCAGAUCCUCUGAGCAUCCCCCCAACCCCACCGGACCCCAAACUGCCUGUGCCCCCCCCCCAAUACAAUCCAUUGCGGACCAGCCGGGUGCCCCCACCCCGGCCCCCCUCUCUCCCCUCUCCCCCCCCCCCCGGAUUCCAGGACCAAAAAUUGUUUUUAUAUUAUUAUUAUUUGGCCGGUGCUGCUGCACCCGCCCCCCCCAUAAGUGCCUUUGGGGGGCACAGUGCCCCCCCCCUGCCGCUGCUGUGUUGGGGGGGGCACCCCCCUGCACCCCAAUAAACGGCUCCUCUUGUUUCCA